CCGAGCACCAGCAAUUGAUCUUGUUGGUGGCCAGCCAUCAGCUCCAAUUCAGAGAUCUCCUGUUCCAAUGAUAAGAUCCCCUGGUGUUACAGUAAGAACUCCUCAAAUCAUGACUAGAUCACCUCAUAUGAUGCAAAGGCCCAUGAUGCAGUCUAUGGUUACUCCACCUAGAAACAUGGCACCAAGGAGAACUUUUCAGCCUAAUACCAUGGUAAGACCUGCUACAACUGUUCCCAUAAAUAAUGUUCGUCGAAAUUUAACUAUUAACAAACCUAUGCCUAAUACCAAUGACAAAUUUAAUAACAUUCUAGGGCAAAAGGCUGUAACUAAUGCAGAUCCUUUGAUUGUGUCUGUACACUCUGCAGGGCUGCCUGUAGCCAAUAAGGAACCAUCUUUCAAUCCUGUAAUAAGUGGCAUUGAAAGUGUCAACAAUGCAUCUGGUAAUAGCAUUACCACUGGUCUUAACUUGCCAUCUUCACUUUCUGUAUCUGUAGCUGAUGAUUCUGAAGCAGCUCAACCUACCCUUCUCUCUCGAUCACCUUAUUCUUCUGUUAAUGACUUGUCUGAAGAAGAUUUUCUAAGUUCUCAUAAGACUUCCAUCAAGAGGCUUUUAAUGCAUAAUAUUAGCGAGAUCACCCCUUCUCGGUGUGUGCAACUAAAACUCACCCCAAACCCUACUGCUUCCGAUGAAGAGCAAAAAUAUACUUCAAGUUUUGCUCGCUCUUUCCUGAAAAAGUUGGAAUCGCUAGGUUUUGGGAUCUGUGAUGGCCCUAAAAAUGGCAGUUUGCGACAUUUUGUUUUUAAGAAAAAGAAAUACAGUGCUUUAACUGAUAAGCAAGUAAAAAUUUUACAGAAUGUUAAUGUUAGUGAGACUCAGUAUAAUAAAUGUUUCAUUUCGACAACGUCACAGAAAACUAAUCAAAAUGGUAGUAGUGUUGUAUGUCUUGAAUAA